AUGGAUAGAAAAUUCAAAGAAGACGACCAAGUUAAGGAGCUAAUUGCCAGACCUUCUCAGCCCAAAGAGGGAGGCUCAAUGACUCUGACCUGUAAGAUCAAACUAGCUCCAAAGGAAUCAAAUGUUGAGUACUGCGUCUUCAAAAAUGGAAUCCCCGUCAGUGACGUGAACUUGAAGACUCACCCUCAAAGCGGACAAGUGGUGAAGGGAGAGAAGCUGGUUCUUAUUUGCUCCGCUACUGUGGGCACGGGAAGCAUCACUUUCUCCUGGUACAAAGGGGAAAUGGGUAUUAAGCUGAAAACAAAGACUCAGCAUUCACUGAAAGCAGAGUUUGAGAUUCCGAUGAUGAAGGAGAGCAAUGCUGGCCCGUAUUACUGUACUGCUAACAAUGGCUAUGAGAACAUUCUCAGUGAAUUGGUGAACAUCAUUGUCAGAGUUCCAGUGUCUCGUCCUGUCCUCACAUUUGGGGAUUUCAGGGACCAAGCCAUGGUGGGAGACAUGGUGGAACUUCGCUGUGAGGCCCAGAGAGGCUCGCCCCCCAUCCUGUACCGGUUUUACCAUGAAGAUGUCAACCUGGGAAACAGUUCAGCCCCCUCUGGAGGAGGAGUAUCCUUGAAUGUUUCUCUGACUGCAGAACAUUCUGGAAACUAUUCCUGUGAAGCUGACAAUGGCUUAGGGGUUCAGUAUAGUGAGGUGGUGAAACUCAAUGUCACAGGAAGACGUCCAAGCAGGGAUCUGGCCAGGAACCCAUCUCAUCCUAACCGUCAAGAUCCCAUUUACAUCAACUCAUCUGAACCAGAACAACCAGAACCUGACUAUGAGAAUGCGAAUGUUGCAAAUGGUAAUGAAGUUUAUUCCUUGGUGUACCAAGUGCAGCAGGAACGGCCAUUAGAAACAGUAGACUCCUUAAGGACACAUAUGGAACGUAAGGAUUCCUUAGACAUCUACUCUAGACUGAAGAAGAGGAAUGACAUAGAUAUGGAUUAUGAAGAUGCUAUGUAAAGUUAUUGAAGAUUCUGACUUUUAAAAUACACCCUGAAG